CUUGAAAGGAAAAUCGAUGCGUUGAGGAGGGAGCUUAGUCACCAGGCGCCUCCUGCUCCUUCCAGUGACGUCAUGACUCCUUGUGACGCUCAUUGGUUGUGCAGAGGCGCAGGGAGGAGCAGAUUGGUCAGGUUCGGCAGAGGCUAUGACGUAGGAGGCAUCGCGAGAUUUGCCGGCGCUGUUCCUUUCCUUUACUCCUCCUUUGACAGCGAGAUCUUUCGAGAUCUUCUCCAGCUCCAUUCAUCUCCCCGUGGUGGAGUGUAGUGCGGCCAGUCUGCGCAUCCCCGUACUGUUCGCUGCCAGUGUGUCGGGCUGCCGUCAUGUCGGUGGUGGGAAUCGAUCUGGGCUUCCAGAGCUGCUACGUAGCGGUCGCCCGAGCUGGAGGAAUCGAGACUGUGGCGAAUGAAUAUAGCGACCGCAGCACUCCGUCCUGUAUUUCAUUUGGUCCUAAAAACAGAUCUGUUGGAGCAGCUGCAAAAAGCCAGGUCAUUUCCAAUGCAAAGAAUACACUGCAAGGCUUCAAAAGGUUUCAUGGACGUGCCUACACCGAUCCCUUUGUGCAGGCUGAAAAGCCUGGUCUGGCCUAUGAUGUUGUGGAGCUGCCAACAGGCACAGCUGGCAUAGGGGUCAUGUAUUUGGAAGAAGAGAGAAACUUCACCAUGGAGCAGGUGACUGGGAUGCUCCUGACCAAACUAAAAGAAACAGCAGAGAGCGCCUUAAAGAAACCCGUAGUUGACUGUGUUGUUGCGGUUCCAUGCUUCUUUACUGAUGCGGAGAGGAGGUCUGUAAUGGAUGCCACCCAGAUCGCAGGACUGAACUGUCUACGACUUAUUAAUGAAACUACUGCAGUUGCCCUUGCCUAUGGAAUUUAUAAGCAAGAUCUGCCCGCUCCAGAGGAGAAACCAAGGCUUGUGGUGUUUGUGGACAUGGGCCACUCUGCAUAUCAAGUGUCUGUCUGUGCUUUUAACAAGGGAAAACUCAAAGUUCUAGCUACUGCCUUUGAUCCAUAUGUGGGUGGAAGAAAGUUUGAUGAUGUUUUGGUUCAAUAUUUCUGUGAAGAGUUUGGCAAGAAGUACAAGCUGGAUAUAAAGUCAAAGAUUCGGCCUGUACUGCGGCUCGCCCAGGAGUGCGAGAAACUCAAAAAGUUAAUGAGUGCGAACGCGUCAGAGCUGCCCCUGAAUAUUGAAUGUUUUAUGAAUGAUAUUGAUGUCUCCGGAUCCAUGAACAGGGGUCAUUUUGAGGAAAUGUGUGAUAGUCUUUUAUCUCGAGUUGAAGCUCCACUCCGCAGUGUCCUAGAACAAGCCAAACUCAAGAAAGAAGACAUUUAUGCAGUAGAAAUAGUUGGUGGUGCUACACGGAUCCCAGCUGUAAAGGAGCGAAUCAGCCGUUUCUUUGGUAAAGAAAUUAGUACAACUUUAAAUGCUGACGAAGCAGUAGCCAGAGGCUGUGCAUUGCAGUGUGCUAUUCUGUCUCCAGCAUUUAAAGUAAGAGAGUUUUCCAUCACUGAUCUGGUACCAUACCCAAUAUCUAUGAAGUGGAAUUCUCCAGCCGAGGAAGGUUUAAGUGACUGUGAGGUGUUUCCCAAGAACCAUGCUGCUCCCUUUUCCAAAGUGCUUACAUUCUAUAGGAAAGAACCUUUCACUUUGGAUGCUUAUUACAGUGCACCCAAAGAACUUCCCUAUCCUGACCCCUCUUUAGGUCAGUUCCAUGUGCAAAAGGUGGUCCCUCAGGCUGAUGGAUCCAGUUCCAAGGUAAAGGUGAAAGUACGUGUAAAUGUCCACGGUAUAUUUAGUGUCUCAAGUGCAUCUCUUGUUGAAGUCCACAAAACAGAUGAUUCCGAGGAGCCUAUGGAAACUGACCAAACUUUGAAAGAUGAGGAGAAAAUGCAGGUUGAUCAAGAAGAAGCAAAACAAGAAGAAAAUCAACCAGCCCAAGCUGAAACCAAGCCUAGUACUGAAGAAAUGGAGACAUCCCAAACUUCACCUAAAGAGAAGAAGAAUGAUCAGCCCCCUCAAGCGAAAAAACCCAAAGUGAAGACCAGCACGAUUGACUUGCCCAUUGAGCACUAUCCCCCAUGGCAGAUAGGAAGGGACUCCCUAAACCUGUUUAUUGAAAAUGAGGGAAAGAUGAUAAUGCAGGAUAAAUUGGAGAAGGAACGAAAUGAUGCAAAGAAUGCAGUGGAGGAAUAUGUCUACGAGAUGAGGGACAAACUGAGUGGGGUUUAUGAAAAGUUUGUCAAUGAAGAUGAUCGGAAUAGCUUAAUUUUGAAGCUGGAAGACACUGAAAACUGGUUGUAUGAGGAUGGAGAAGAUCAGUCAAAACAAGUUUAUUUAGACAAAUUAACAGAUCUAAAGAACCUAGGACAACCCAUCCAGACACGUUACCAUGAGUAUGAGGAUCGACCUAAAGCAUUUGAAGAUCUUGGAAAACAAAUUCAACUUUACAUGAAAGUUAUUAAUGCUUUUAAAAAUAAGGAAGAGGCAUACGACCAUCUAGAUGCUGCUGAUAUGGAGAAAGUGGAGAAGUGCACAAACGAAGCCAUGGAGUGGAUGAAUAACAAAAUGAACCUGCAGAUGAAGCAGAGCCUUACUGUAGAUCCAGUGGUGCACACAAAGGACAUACAAGCAAAAACAAAAGAACUGAUGAGCACAUGCAACUCUAUAGUUUCCAAACCAAAACCCAAAGUGGAACCUCCGAAAGAAGAGCAGCCAGCCGGAGAGCAGAAUGGACCAGUAGACAGUAACGUAAAUAGCACGGGCCCACAGGGUGCAGAACAAAGUGCAGAUACAGCUUCUUCUGAUGCAGAAAAGAAACUUCCAGAAAUGGACAUUGAAUAAAUUCCAUAAUUGAUUUCUAUUAUCAAACAGUAUAACAAAGCUUUAAGUUGUUACCUACAUAUGGCUCAGAACACUGAUCAGAGAAAAGUGACUGCAAAUUUCUCGUAGUUUAUUAGUGUAUCCCUACAAUUUCUUGCAUUUUAUUUUUUUUCUCUAUACCCUAUAAAAUUCGUAUUGGUUUGAGUCCUUAUUCUUCUGUUGUAUGUUGCUUUAGAGUAAGUCCUUGUUACUACAGCUUUAGCAAAGGCUGUAACUUGCACAUUUACCAAUAGGUUGGUGUAUGGAGUUAUGCCGGGUCUGUAGCUUACCUUAGUAGUACUCAAGGGCUGCCAAUAAAUGAUUAGGCGAGAAAAGCUUGUCUUAUUACAAUCGAAGCAACACUAAUGUAUCGUCCGAGUUCCUCAGAAGAUGCUGAAGUUUUGGUUUGCAUCUAUUUCUGUAUGCUGCGUAUCUUCCUCAUUGACAGCUGGUUACUGGCAGUAAUCUUUGCCUCUUGCAUGGAAGUCUGGGUGCUUUUUGGGGCUAACAAGAAAUAGGAGUAUUAAAACCCAGCACUUAGCUGCAGUCUUCUGAUAGUAACAUUCAUGUGCAUUGUUCUCUUUAGAUCUGGAAAUGGUUUGAUCCAUGAAGUAUUAUAUUUUCUAUGCAUCCAUGUAACGUUAUCGCCUUGGUAUGUUCGGCAAACCAUAAGCUGUUCUGUUCACAAUUCAACUCUGAUGAAUCCAGUGUGGUAACAAUUGUCUUUAAAAGAAAGCUUUGCAGAAGGUAGUUAUGUGGAUGAGAGUCCCCAUACGUAGCCAAGAAACAUCUCUUGCCGUACUGUUGGCUUUAUAAGAACCAUGUGCAUUACGUCCCCCAUCUCUCCAAGUGUGCAGCGGAAUUGCUGUAGGAAUGGGAGUAAAUUGAUAAGGAGGUUCACUUGAAGGGUACAGGUGGAUUCACCCGCACCCAUGCAAUGCAGCUUGUUUGUCAGUCAUCCUUCUUGUUAUUUUAAACAUGGGACAAUAUUUCGUAUUUGUUUUGUGGUAUACAUUUCUAGUAACCAUAUUGGUCCCAGAAGAAAACUGGAUCCUGUACGAAGCACAUGAGGAUUGUGUAGGGAUGUUGUACAUAGGGAUUCCCGUCAGAAUACUUUAGUGCAACGUUUAUGCAUAAUUUUUAUGUUCGAUAAAGUUCAUAUCCCAUAGGACAAAAAGACAACUUUGUAUUUUUUUUUUAUUUGUUAUUCUUAUUGUUGUUGAUGUUGUUAUAACCAAAUCUCUUAACACCUGCAGCAAAUCCUGUCUGAAAAAUAAACUUGCUGGGUUGCA